AUGAGAAAUUCUUUUAAGAAUUACUACUCCUCAGAGGAAGCUUUUGCAGAAAAGUACUACAGGAGGGUUGUUUGGCCUCCAAGAUAUUAUGGUUGUAGAUUUUGUAAGAGAGAAUUCAGGUCUGCUCAAGCCCUAGGUGGUCAUAUGAAUGUCCAUAGAAGGGAUAGAGCCAAACUCAAGCAAUCACAAAACGAACCUCUUUCACAAAGUCAAAUUAAACCUAGAGUCUCAAAGCCUCAGAAACAAUCCUCUGGUAGUAAGUCGGUCAUAUUUUCUCAGGAAAAUUCAAAUUUCGCUCAUCUCUCUUAUUCUCCUGCAAUCAAGGAAUUAGCUGGGCGAAAGGUCUCAUAUCCACCAGCUUGGUUAAAUAAUCCUGAAUAUUUGCCGGUAGGGGCAGCUUCUGAGACCAUGCAUUCAAAGAGAAGCAACAUGAUUUUGCCUAUACCUGCAUGUUCCAUUCAUAAAUAUAGUUUCACUACUUCAUACAAACUGGGUGGUUCCACGGAGGACAUUGAUCUUGACCUCAGGCUAGGUGAUCCACCAUCAGUCAAGUCAUCACUGAUGCUGCCUCAUUAUUAG